UCUGACAGGUUAAAAUUCUUAUUCUCUGUUCUCUGUUCCGUUUAUUGUGCGGAGUCCCUAACUGUCAAUCGCAAUUGGUCGAUUUCUAUAGUCAGUUAAUAUUCAUAGCUGCUCAUAGCAGUGUGCUUCAAAGAAUUAAUCCUGUCACUUGGUUAUCAUUUACGAAUUCGUGUACGUUCCUUGGAAAGAAUGACAGUGGAAUUGAAGAAAUUUCUCUACGGACUGUUAACUGAUGUGGAAGGUUUGCAUAGCAUAUUAAUUACUGACAGAGAUGGAGUACCCGUUAUAUCUGUAGCUAAUGAAAAGGCGCCAGAGUUAGCUACAAGAGCCAGUUUUUUAUCUACUUUUGGAAUGGCUACGGAUCAAGGAAGUAAAUUGGGACUUGGCAAAAAUAAAACCAUUAUAUGCAUGUAUAGUAAUUAUCAGAAAUCGGUAAAUAUGCCGAUCAGGGAAGACCGCUCUGAUGACCUUGACAUAGACAGAAGAAAGAUGAGGUGAUCCUCACUUUGCGUGGAAAUCGUGCUCCCUUAAGCAGAAGAGGUAUGCAGAAUGGAAUUCGCUUCACGUAGAAAAUCCAAUGUCUCUUAGUAGAGGAAAUAUGUAGUUCUUAUAUAUAUUGUAUAGCAGAAAUGAGACGUUAUUCCUUAAAUUUUUUGAUUAAUAACUUUUUAACGAAUAACGAACGAUGGCUAAAAUCUCUUAGAGGUAAUCAUUGAGUCAAAGUCAUUGAAGCGAUCUUCUCCGAUCGGCAGAUAUUAACCCAGAAAUCUAUUAGAGAGAGGUUCUUUUUGAGAAAUGUAGAGAUAUAAUCAAAGUUAUAAUAUUAUUUAUUUAUUAAGAAAAUACUUGAUAUUUUUUAUGAAAAUUAU